UUCGUUAAACCUUAUUUUUCUAGAUUCUCUCUCUCUCUAGAACUCACUUCUUCAGUUACCAAGCUGUUGAGCAGAGUACUGGUAAUGAUUGGCGCACGUUUAUCUUUCUCACUUUCUAAUUCUUAAUCAUAUAUCUCUUUAUCAAAUUCCAAUGGCGGAUACAAUUGAGGAAGAUUCCACUACUCCUUUGCUCCGGCCGCAGCAAAGAAGCGAUGCAGGGACGCCGCAGCAGCAGUCGACGCUUGCGCUUCUUUUUGGCCGCGGAUUGGGGCGCAGAAAUCUCUCUGAUCUGGUAAGAGAGUCGGCGGCUCGGGAGCUGGAGGAGCGACGGGCUGAUUGGGGCUACUUGAAGCCGGUGGUCGCUCUGGACAUAUUAUGGAACUUAGCGUGUGUGUCUGCGUCCAUCGUGAUGUUGAUAUGCACGACAGAGGAUCGGCCAAACGUGCCAAUUAGGGUUUGGAUUUGCGUUUACGCGCUGCAGUGUCUUGUGCAUGUUGUUCUUGUCUGGUUGGAAUAUAGGAGGAGAAACACGAGGAUUGUUAGGGAUGAAGAUGGUACACAGACGGUUACUCAUAUCGAUGGAAAUUUUAUCCAUGAGAACGACAGUAGAUAUGAAAUUUCAAUCCAACCUAGUGUAACUAAACGAUGCGAAGCUGUGAAUACAAUUGUGUCAUGUAUCUGGUGGUUAGCUGGAUUCUUGUUGUUUGUAACUGAGGGUGAGGGUCUUCUGCAGAGCUCUCCUUAUCUAUACUGGUUGGCUUUUGUGUUUUUAGCAUUCGACUUCUUGUUUGCUCUUUUGUCCGUUGUUUUGGCUUGUUUGGUUGGGAUUACCCUCUGUUGCUGCUUGCCUUGCAUCAUUGCAAUUCUGUAUGCUGUUUCUGGACAGAAAGGUGCUUCAGAUGGAGAUAUUAGUAUCCUUCCCAAGUACAUAUAUCAAAUAUCAGGUAGAAUGGUUCCAACAGAGACAGGAAUUGGAUUGGUCAAUGAGCGGGUACUUUUGCCCGAAGAUGCUAAAUGUUGCAUAUGUAUAAGCUCAUAUGAGGAUGGAAUAGAGCUCCAUGGUCUUCCUUGUGGCCACCAUUUUCACGUUACAUGUAUUGUGAAAUGGCUCAAGAUGAAUGCCACGUGUCCCCUUUGCAAGUUCAAUAUUCUCAAAGGAGACGAUCGAGUUUGAAGAAAAAAAAAAACUGCAAAACUGAUCAUCUCUAUCGAAUUUUGUUUUUGUUUUUGUUUUUGUUUUUGUUUAACCACUCAUAUAUGCAUUUUAAUUAAAAGUAAAGAGGGUGUUUUGUUAAUGUUUUUGUUUAACCACUCAUAUAUGCAUUUUAAUUGAAAGUAAAUAGGGAAAAUAAGAGUACUACACAAAGUUUGUUGGUAAAGAGGACUGCUCGAAACAUACCAUAUUGAGAUUUAUGAUUUGUAAAACAGAUUGAAGGAAUACUA